CACAGUUCAUACUUGCCGUGGUGACAACAGCAGCCACCCAGAGCAUGCUGGGAGGAUCCAGAGUAUCUGGUCACGUCUCCAGGAGAGAGGUCUCAGGGGCCAGUGUGAGACUAUCCGAGGUAGGAAGGCCACUCUGGAGGAGCUGCAGUCGGUCCAUUCAGAGCGUCAUGUCCUUCUGUACGGCACCAACCCUCUCAACCGCCUCAAACUGGACAACCGCAAGCUGGCCGGCAUUCUCUCUCAAAGGAUGUUUGUGAUGCUGCCAUGUGGAGGAGUAGGG